AUGGCAGGUGGAGUGCAACGAAAGUCCGACCGCCCGAAAGGCAAUAUUUGCAACCCUGAGGCUGUGGCGCGCCUUGAUAUGACCGUGGACGGCCGGUUCGACUUCUCGCGCGCGCUGCCGACCCCCUACCUGGGAAACCUCACGGUGAUCAACCAAGUCUUCAUGCCAGUCAUCCGCUUGAUCGCGCAUGAAACCCCUCUGGGAGUGGUGGCGCGCACCAUCCGGGACCGCGCAAACAAGAUCCAUACGGCCAGUUUGCUCGACGCGUAUGCCCUGGCGCGCAGGGUGCCGGAUUUCCAGCAGCUUUCUCUGCGGAAUUCCAGUCUCGAUAGCACGGAUAUGCUGAUGGCACCGUUGCUCAUGUAUCCGACAGAUAGUCUAAGCUAUGGAAGUCGCUUGUUUGGAAAUGGGGGAGGCCGGAGGCCUUACGCACACCGAUGGGGGCCUUCAAUCGCUUUACGCGGAUCAGUUUUGUUCUACCCAAGACAGAGCAUGGGGGGGUGGAGUUUGUCUUGA